UGGCAGUUGGCACCGACGAAAGUCUGCAAAACCUCCCCAACUUUAAAUUAAUUCCACCGCCAUGACACAGUCCAUCGCUUCGCCCUUCGCCCCUCCUCUACUGCUCCCUCCCUCUCUGCCGCGAAAACCAACCGAUCCCCAAACACAGAGCGCCCACAUAUUAUCGCACCGUCGUCUCGGCCUUCGAUCUUUCUCCGAAUCCCUAAGUCCAAUCGUUACGUUUGUCUUCAACCAUUGUUCUCCAUUAUUCUUGCUUCUUUGUUGUUCGCCAAAUACCCGAUUCUUAGGCAGUUUGAAAGCACCGUUCUUUUUCUCUCUUUUUUAUGCUUUUUUUUAAGACCGAUGGAGGAAUUUCGUUUAUAAGUUGCAAUAUACUGAGGAUUCCUACGGAAACUUGAUGCAAUUACGCAAGGCUUUUUUGUUUCCUCUCUUAUCUGUGAUCUGAACGAAGCUUUAUUCUUAAUCUUCUGCUCUAGUAGUAUACUAUUCGGUGUCGAUUUUGAAGUUUCGGUUCCAUUUAUUGAACGCUUUGUGCUUUAUUGACUUCUUGGCUUUUUAUCACUGAAUAGUGCUGGAUUCUGGGAAUCUUUAGGGUUUCUUCAGGACUCUCUGGAGUUGUAUGAUUGAGGCUGGUGAUGGUGAAAGUGGAGGCUGAGAGCAAGGGCGCCAGUAAGCGAUGGAGCGGGUUGGUGGUUGGAGCUCUUAUUGUCAUCUUUAUCGCCAUGGCUAUGUCUUUGAGAAUCUCUUCGUAUUUAUCGCCUUUUGGACGGACUAGCAUGCCUUGCCAAUGUUCUAAGUAUAGUGGCAUUGUUGAGGAUUGUUGUUGUGAUUAUGAGACGGUGGACCGACUUAAUGAGGAAGUUUUGCACCCAUUACUCCAAGAGCUUGUAAAAACUGCAUUCUUCCGAUAUUUCAAGGUUAAGUUGUGGUGUGACUGUCCUUUCUGGCCUGAUGAUGGUAUGUGCCGCCUGCGGGAUUGCAGUGUUUGUGAAUGCCCAGAAAGUGAGUUUCCUGAACCAUUUCGGAGGCCCCAUCAUGGCCUCUCACAAGAUGAUCCAAUCUGUCAAGAGGGAAAGCCACAGGCCACUGUGGACCGUACAAUAGAUACUAAAGCUCUCAGAGGCUGGACAGUGACAGACAAUCCCUGGACAAAUGAUGAUGAAACUGACAAUUCUGAGAUGACAUAUGUCAAUCUUCAACUGAAUCCUGAACGCUACACUGGCUACGCUGGCCCAUCUGCUAGAAGGAUAUGGGAUGCUGUCUACAGUGAGAACUGCCCCAAGUAUCCAUCUGAAGAGUCAUGCCAAGAGGAAAAGAUAUUGUACAAAUUGAUAUCUGGUCUUCACUCUUCGAUCUCAAUCCAUAUAGCUGGUGAUUAUCUACUUGAUGAAGCUAGAAACUUGUGGGGUCAAAAUCUCUCGUUGAUGUAUGACCGGGUCCUACGAUACCCAGAUCGUGUCAGAAACUUGUACUUCACAUUUCUCUUUGUUCUCCGAGCUGUGACAAAGGCAGCAGAUUAUUUGGAAUAUGCCGAGUACGAUACUGGUAACCUGACUGAGGACCUGAGGACUAUGUCCUUGAUGAGACAGCUACUUUUCAAUCCUAAACUAAAAGCUGCAUGCCCAAUCCCAUAUGACGAAGCUAAAUUGUGGAGAGGUCAACGUGGACCUGAACUAAAGCAGAAAAUCCAACAGCAAUUCAGAAACAUAAGGGCAUUGAUGGACUGUGUAGGAUGUGAGAAAUGUCGUCUGUGGGGAAAGCUUCAGGUCCUUGGUCUUGGUACUGCAUUGAAAAUCCUUUUUUCUGUCGAUGGUCAGGAACAGUUGGGUCAGACUCUGCAUCUACAACGGAAUGAAGUCAUUGCCCUAAUGAAUCUACUGAAUCGACUGUCAGAGUCUGUAAAAAUUGUCCAAGAAAUGGGGCCUUCUGUUGAAAAAAUCAUGGAAGGUCAGAUGUCUUCACCCAGUGCUCCAAAGAGGUCAUGGCAAUGGAUAUGAGUAUCCAUGAUCAAAACCAAGGCAUACCCCACUCUCAAUGGCAUCAUUUAGUUUGGCGGUUUGCUUCUUGAUCUAAGCAGUUUGUGUUGUGUGCUUUUUAUUCACGUUCCUUGCAGGUAAGUAGAAAUCACUAAACCCCAUUUGAGACAGGUAUUGUUACUUCUGAAAAAUAGGAUAUCAAGAAAGUGCAGUGUGGGUUUCAGAAAGAAUGGUACCAUGGAAAGGAUAGAAUAUAUGUGUAUAAGAACCAUUUCAAGACAGGUGAACGUGGUUUUAAAAAUUUUGAAAUCUUAAUAGUGAACAUUCUGCACUCUUAUUUUUCA